AUGGAUUCCCAUUUUGAAAGUGAUAUCGCGAAAAAGCAAUUAUUGCAAUUAUCGAUACCUCUACCAGAACUUCUACCUCCACCAGAACCUUCAACUCCAGCUGAUCGUUCAGACCAAACACCAGCACCAAAAGACGAACUACCGCCAGUAGUUCAACUGCCACCAGCACAGCCUCGACCACUGCUAACAAAAAA